ACUGCAGCAAUUAGGAACAUAAAAGGAAUAUUAAGAUUCUAAAGUCAUAUUCAAAAACACUGUUGGCAUAAUAUUAAAUUAAUUAAUAAAUAUUUAACCAAAUAUACUUGCUUGCACGUCUUAUACAACUCGCUAUAGAUAAAUAAGCUGUGCAUAAUUAUUCUCAUUUUCAGUAAUUAAUUAAUAUAUAUUAUAACAAGAAAACUGUGCUCCCAGUGCCGUGAAUGCAUACUACUAAUAUUAAUUUAAAUAAUAUCAUUUUUAGUGUUUGAAAACACUGAUUUUCCAGUGGUUCUCUUUUGUGAUAUUUAGAUUUGAUUUUGGUGAUUGGUUGCAGGUAGCGAAAGUUGUGAAUAUAUUUUAAAUGUUUCCAAUCAUAUCACGGCAAUUAAAUUUCAUAACAGGUCAAUUAGUAACGUUCAAUUUCUAAAAGAAGGCCUUCGAAAAGGAUUAGAAAAAUAUUAGUCCUAGUUAUUAAAUGCAAUUGCUAAAGAGUUAGGCUAUUUCUACCUGAUCUUACUCUUAAAUUUAGGCUUGCUGGUGUAACCUAAUAUAUUUAGGUUGAUUCCGUAAUGUUAAAUAACAUAUUAUUAUUAUUAUUAUUAAUAUUAUUACUGAAUGAAUUAAUUCAUUCAGAUACGUUUUUUUUUUUUUUUUCUUCAGUGAGUGCUAUCAGUGAGUUAACACUCUAAAUACAAUGGCUAACAGUAACAACUUUAAAAUCCAAAAAUAAUGCUGUUUCAGAUCUUUUGGUCAAGUUAAAGUAGGCUACAAGCCAAACCAUUGUAAUACUUCAAUAUUCCACACUUGCACGACGACUCAAUGUUCUCCACCUGAAAUAUUUAUUUCCACUUGAAAUAAUAUUUUUGAUUAAAGCCAGUUAAUGUUACAACCUGAAGAAACUUAUUGUUCAAUUCGCACAUUCACAACUGAUCAUAUAGAGUCAAUCUAAACAAAUCACCGUUAAACAUAGAUGCCAUUUCAAUCACAGCUACUCUGAUUUGGAGGCUUUUAUUAAACAGCCUAACGCUGCUGUGAAAUGCCUGUUGUGAGUUGGGACAGGUGAUGAUGGGAGGCACAGAAUGGGAGGGGUCAGUCUGAGAUAAGGACGCUCUCUAUUAGAUAAGAGCGCUUCUCUCCACACCUUCUCCAGCUUCUAAUAGCAGCGGAAAGAGGAAGAUAGAGGAGACUCUUCAUCUAGUGCUGCUUCCACGAGGAGAUACACAUAUAUAGCCUAUACGUCAAGCAGCUCUCAAGGCGAUACGUUAAGGAGAAUUUACUACAGUUUACCUGAGGACAUCCGUAGGAACCAAGUCAACUGAUGUUGCUUUGAAUUUGACCAGGUGAAACGAAGAACCUUUCUUCUAGCACCCACACCAAUCUGCCGCGCAGCGAUGCUUCCGAGUCCUGUAACCUCAACUCCGUUUUCGGUAAAGGACAUCCUCAAACUGGAGCAGCAACACGCUCUGAACCCCAACGGAUUCGUGGGUGUUGAGCAGGACACUGUCCCGCUGCAGUCGCUUCAGCUUCAGUGCAUGCAGAGCACACUGAGCCGGAGCCUGGAUCUCCUCUACAGCCCCGAGAAACACAGCGUGAUCGCUGGGGAACAGGUGAAAUGCGCCCUCAAUUCAGACGACUUUGACAUCGUUAGAAGCUCCUGCGGAUCUCCAACGGAAGAGGAGAUGGAUCCGAGCGAAGAAACAAGUAUGUGUCCAUUUGACGAUUCCGGAUAUAAUGGUAGAAAAGAGGAAACACCGGGGGAGAAACCAAAGCAGCGGCUGCGCAGGAAACCUCGAGUGCUCUUCUCUCAGACUCAAGUGUUUGAGCUGGAAAGACGCUUCAAGCAGCAGAGAUACCUGUCAGCACCCGAGCGAGACCACCUGGCUCACGUGCUGAAGCUCACCUCAACACAGGUCAAAAUAUGGUUCCAGAACCGGAGGUACAAGUGUAAGAGACAGCGCCAGGAUAAAAGUCUGGAGCUGGCCGGCCCGCGGAGGGUGGCGGUGCCCGUGCUGGUGCGAGACGGCAAACCCUGUCAUGGAGCUCCGUACAAUGUCACUGUGUCAUAUCCCUACAAUAACUAUUACAACAGCUAUGGAAAUAACCCAUACCACUGUAACUUCACUUCUGUACCACCGUUUGCCAACACAAGUCAAAUACCCAACCACUUUGUGGAUAUGAAUUUGACGACGGGAGGUGUUGAUGGGAUCAGAACUUGGUGAGACCAUGGCAUCAGUCCUAAAAGAGAAGAUUUUGGAUUAAGACUAUUUAACCGAAUGGCACUGCUGAGGAAAAUACCUCAGCAUAUCCUAUAAAUUCUUGUCUGAUUUUAUAUAUAUUUUUGUUUUUAUAUCUGUGGUUUACACAACAAACAACACCAAAUAAAGACCAAAUAUUUAAUAACAUUUAGCUUGAAUGAGAUUUUUAUUUUUUAUUUUUUUUAAUUUAUUUAUUUUUUUCCUGUAGGAAAGCUAAAUUAUGCCAAAUAAGGCUUUUAUCGUGAGAUGUGUUGAUUGUUACUGGCGGAUCCCAGACAAAUAACGAUUUAACUUCAAUCAAAAGAAAACAAAAAUACCACUGGUGUCUGCGAGUUAAAAUAUUACAAUCUUUGAUAUAUACUUAGAUCAAUUAAAAUAUAUAUAUAUAAUUUGUUUUACUACUGUAUUUUUCUGUACACUGAACAUAACACUUUGAACAUAAUAAUAUAUAAUACAAACUGUUUGGCAGUAGGCUAUAGGCUAUUUAACCUUAAAAUAAUAAAAUAUUAAGUAAAACAUUAAGUCAUUAACUAAGCUAGGUUUUCAAAUAUAUGUAUUUAUUAAAUUAUUUAUUCAUUCAGGCUAUUAUAUAUAUAUACUAGUCCAACGUAUGUGGACUAAUCUGGAGUAGGAUUUUUUUUUUUUUUUUUUUUUUACAUAAGAAACAAAAAGACAAUUUUAAAAGAAAUGGUCUGUCAGCUCGUUUAGGUUGCAGACUCUUGCAGUUAUAUUAGCAAUCGCACGGUUUACUGUACAAAGUAAAUAUUCGAUCGAUAAGUAUAUGAUUCGAUCCUUAAAUUAGUUUCGUUGAUAUAACCCAGUAUAGCCAGUUGAUUCGGUCAUAUUAAAUAUUUUAGAAUAACAAGAAAAGAAAGAAAGAAAGAAAGAAAGAAAGAAAGAAAGAAAGAAAGAAAGAGAAAGUUUAGAUAUGAAGCGUUUUGGGCCGCUUGAAAAAAAAAAAACUUUGGCCUAAUUAUUGUCUCUUUUUCCAUUUUUCGUUUGUUUUUAGCAAGUUAUAGAAUAAUAAUAAAAAAAUGUUCCUAAUUUAGUGAUUGUUCUGUUUCACAUGUUUCUAGGGCCCAUGGCAUAGCCUACUGUGGCUUUCAGUUUGAGAGUAAUUUGAGAGUAAAAAGGUUUACUUUACGAAUAAAUGCUGUUCAAAGCGAAUUUGUUUUAAGGUUUUAAAUAGCCUAGGUCAAAUCGACUAAACAGAGUGACAAACUUGAAGUUAAGCAAGACGCUGCAAUUCGCUGUAAUAUCGUAAACUAAACAAAUUCAAUUAUCUCCCAAUCUUAACGCUUUCCAAUGAGCUUGUCAUUACACUCACAUUAGCCAAACAGAUAAAACAAUUGAAGCGACGCGAUAAGUCAGAGGACCCAGGAUGCAGCACUGAGAGUAAACAGAACCGCAGACAAGCCGGCACUCUUUCAGUCUCGUCUCCCGAUCUGUCAAGAACACGAUUCAAAUCAAAUCUGACUGCGAGCAAGCUAUAGAUCUGAUAAACCAACCCCAUAAGAGCAUGUUUACAAAUACGCGGCUUCAGUAUUGGAAAAUCGCAUCAUGGAAUUUCGUACAGAAUUUAAUUCUGCUCAUUUAGAUAUAGGUUACACUUUAUAUUAGGUGGCCUUAACUACUAUGUACUUACAUCAAAAAAAAAAAAAAAAAGUACAAUGUACUUAUUGUGUUCAUGUUGUAUUGCAAAACACUUUUGCUGCUAUUGAGGUGGGAUAUGGCUAAGGUUAGAGACAGGUUUGGUAGGUGUAAGGUGUAAGUGAUGGGUCAACAGUGUAAUUAUAAAUGUAAUUACAGAAAUUAAUUACAGAUGUAAGUACAUAUAGGUAUUUUAAAAAAAUAUAAGUACAUGUAUGUAUCAAAUUAUUAAUUUAAAUGUAAGUACAUAGUAGUUAAGGCCACCUAAUAUAAAGUGGGACCGGAUAUUUCCUGAAGGUGUUUCUAAGGGACUGUUUUUAUGGCAUGUUUCACACAACUAUAAGAUACAAUAGCAAUUAUCGUAAAUAUAUAGGCCUAUAUAUUUAUAUUUACGAGUGUGUUUUAUGAGGCAAGGUUUGUGAGAUGUGAAAUGGCUUUCAUUCUUAUCAGAUAUUUCUGAAUACCAUAGUAGAGGGCCUUAAUGAACAAACUAUUAUGAGCAAUCAGAAAUGAUUCUCUGAUGCUGGUGAGGGAGAUAAACUUCAGUCCUAUCUUAAUGGGCAAUUUAUUUCCUGUUUAAGACUGUGUUGGAUAUAACCAAGGCAGAGAUGGAAAACUCUCUCAAGAGUCUCGUCAGCACUGAGUUCAGAUAAGGGAAGAGUAUGUGGCUCGGAGCAGUAUUUAGCAGAUUGAUAUACGUAGCUAAGAGCAGUAUUUAGCAGCAGACAGACAGAGUGGAGACUACGGCCACUUCAAGAGAUCAGAUAAGUUGUGUGUGUGUGUGUGUGUGUGUGUGUGUGGGUGCUUGUCAGGGUCUCUGUGUUUAUAUACAAAUGUAUUGAACAUUUAUAUGAGAUUGUGUGAGGCUACAAGCAUACAUGCAAAUGAAUGAGAGGUAAAUGUGUUGUGUCGUAAGUAUUGUCCACUGCGUUACAGGAAGAGCUCUGAUCAGAGACUUACUCAGUGACAGA